AAAAUUAAGUCCUACUCCUAGCUUGAUAUGUUUUUAAUUUAAAAAGAAAAAAAAAAGGAAAUAGAUAUAAUUCAAGCCACAUGGUCUUGCUUCAAGUAUAAGUCACAUAUGGUUCUUAUGGUAAUCAUGAACUUUCUCCCCCUCACCUUUAUCAUAAAUUUAAAAAUUCAUGGGGCCUGUACACAUCUGGGAGUUCUGAUCAUAUGGCCUUCAACUGAAAAAACUUGGGUACAUUUACAAUUCUAUGAUUUACUGUAUGAUUUAAACAAUUCAAUUAUUUACCUAAAACAGUAAUGUAAAAGUGGGUCUUUUGAAAACUUAUGCCUAGUUAUAUGUUUAAAUUCGAAUUGAUUUGUUCUUCUUCCUCCUUAUUUUAAAAUAGGAAUUUAGUGAUUGAUAAUGGCAGAAAAAAUCUUAGAGAAGUUAGAUGUCCUUGAUAAGCAAGCAGAGAGAAUCUUGGCCAGAAGAACAAAGAUAAACAGGCUUCAGAGUGAAGGAAGAAAAACAACUAUGGCUAUACCCCUGACAUUUGAUUUUCAGUUGGAAUUUGAAGAGGCUAUUGCUACAUCCGCAUCUAAGGCAAUAUCAAAGAUCAAAGAAGACAAGUCAUGCAGCAUUACAAAAUCAAAAAUGCGUGCGUCUUUCAAAUGUGAGCCUGAACCUAGAAAGAGUAAUUUUGAAAAGUCAAAUUUAAGACCAUUCUUUGUUCAAACAAAUAUAAAAGAUAAAGAAAGUGAGUCAACAGAGCCAGUAGAAGAACAUCUAAAAUCAAGAUCUAUUAGACCCUAUCUUUAUCUUCAGGAUACAACUGAGAUGGAAAAUGCAAGGCCUCUGAAUGUUCUACAUUCAAAGCAUAGACAAGCAUGUAGAAGAUCACGGGGUUCUACAGACUUUUCUCCUAUGUUCAACACUCAGUCUAAUGCUCAUAAAAAGGAAAAAGACUCUACUUUAUUUACAGGUACAGAAAUUGCAUGUUUACAUUGAAAUAAUUGAAAGUUACCUGCAUCUAAACUUAGGGUGUAAGCAUUAAGAAAAUCUUUAACCAAGGAAUAUUAGUCUUUGAUCACGCUACAAUAACGAUCUUUCUCCAGCCUUCUUUUCUUUCUCGUAAACCUAUCUACACCACACUGAUUCUAGUCAUAUUUAACAGGCUGUUUUACUUAGUUAACCAAAUUACUGUGUGAUUUGAUUCAUUGUCUGUUGCCUAUGCU